GCCAUAUUGGAACACAAACCUUCAAGUCUUUGCCAGGAUAAUUUUUAGUUUAUCCCUUCUCAACUGCCGUGAAUCACCCGUUUUUAAGACGAAGGGAUGGGAGUUCCAGCUUUCUUCCGCUGGCUUUCGAAGAAAUAUGCAUCGAUAGUGGUCCACUGCGUUGAGGAAAAAGUAAGUGAAAUUUUUGUCCACGUGCCUUCUUGCGUUUAUCGCCGGUAAAAUUGGUCAUUCUGUUUCGAUCUUAAUCUGUUGGUGUGACUUUGUAAUACGUCAUAAGAAGAUCUAAGCGGAAUUAUUUUCUCAGAUAUGUUUUCAUCGUUGUGAGCUUUCUUUUCAUAGAACCGUGAUGUUAAUGGUGUAAAAGUUCCACUGGAUACAAGUUUACCAAAUCCAAAUGAUUAUGAGUUUGACAAUUUGUACCUUGAUAUGAAUGGUAUCAUCCAUCCAUGUUGCCAUCCAGAAAACAAGUAAGAACAUAAAAAUAGGCUUUACUAAUUACCUGUAGAUGAUUUUUACAGUCUUUCAGGCAAAAAUCAGUUUGUAUUAUUGUAAUUGCAGUCUUUUAAUUUAACUCAGAUGUCUAAGCUGUAAUGAUCCAAUUUAUGAUCCCUUUGCUCCUUGCUGCUAGGAACUUUUGGAUCAGUUUAAGUUUCUUGGAAAUUGCCCACCUACCCCCUUCCCUAAGCCAACAUUUUGCCCUUAGUGAGAAGUAAGUGAUAAUGUUAGUUUAGGGGAGGGGUAGGAGGACAGUUUCCCAGAAACCAAAAUAUUGUUGAUCCAAACUUUCUGCCACGAGAGAGAUCUGCACCUUUGAGACAGAAAUUCUGCACUGAUGACGUUAAAUCUGUUCAGAAUAUGGUCAGGAGCUCUGAUUGAUCGAUGCAGUAGUUAUAUUGUUUUAGCUAUUGUUUACGAAUGACAGACAAAAGGCCAUGAUAGUCAAAUGUAAAUGUGGUGAAUCUAUUACAAAACAGUCAACCUUUGUGGAAUAUAUUUAGAAGAAGCAUGUGAGUUUUGCUAGAGCUCGUUCGCAGAAGAAAACAAAACUUUACCAAAAUCAAACAGGAUAAACCUCAAAUGAAACAAAUUUCACUUUGAAACUUAUGACCACCAGAUUAAUUUAAAAAAACAUUGAUUUAUGCAUCAAUAUGCAAUUUCUGUCACUGAGGUGCAGUCAUUUCUCCUGGCAAAACGUCCCGAGCAGCAAGGAGCAAGGGUAGAUGGCUAUUUUCGCAUGCUAUUUAGUGAUCUUGCAUUUUUUUAAGUGACCCCCCUUUUUGUUAUGUCACCAGGCCUGCUCCCAAGAAUGAAGAUGAGAUGAUGGUAGCAAUUUUUGAAUAUAUUGACAGGUAAUUCCCCUGCAUAAUAGGUGAUUUUUUUAAAAAGAAAUCAGUUUGACCUUUUUCCCUUGGAGAUUAUCUUGUUACAAUGUUGAGUAAUAAUUAUGUAAACAUAGCAGUAUUAAAACAUGUUUUUUUGUUCCAAAAAUUCAUUUGUCCAUUAAUUUUUUUCUUUAUGCUUUACUCUGCUUUUUCAUACAUUUACAGUUGUAGUCUAAAAUAAGUAUUUGUCUUUUUAGAAUAUUUUCAAUUGUGAGACCAAGAAAGCUACUUUACAUGGCCAUUGAUGGAGUGGUAAGACAAACUGUAGUAAAGAAGGCUAGUUAUUAAAACAGGGCUUAGCCAGUAAGGCAGUGCAUUCAAAAUCAUUGAAAAAUUUUGCCAAAAGCCCAAUAUUCAAACACAUGUUGGUGCUGUUAGCUCCCUGUGUAUAUAUCUUACCUACUGCAAAUACAUGUGUAAAUUGUUAUUAUGCAUGUGGUUCAUAAUAAUUUGAUAGUAAUUUUCUUAUUUAGGCUCCAAGAGCAAAAAUGAAUCAGCAAAGAUCACGUCGUUUCAGAGCAUCCAAGGAAUCUAAGUAAGUACACUUGCUAUUUGUUAACCCUUAAUUGUGACCCCAAGGCUGUGCUCUAAGGAAAAUCAAAGGGAGCCUGGUGCUCUGAACCAGUGAAAUCCAGGGUGCCCAGCAUAGGAUUUCUAUGAAAAAGACUAACAUUUUCUAGUAGCCAGGGGCAAAAGUUAGAUGCUACAGGCCACCAGGCACUGCUAGAACUGCUUUAUGUCUCACAAGCAACCAACAUCAAUUAUGUUCUCCUAACAAUAUCCUUGUAUCACUAAGAGAAAAGCUAAAGUGAUGCGAAAGGGAAAAUGCUUUGAUCUGUUAUCAAAUUCUCCCAACUAAUUCUUAAAGGAAAUGUAUUGAGAUCAGUCUGGAGAAUUUGCGUGUGAAUAUUUGGUCUCAAGGUCUGGAUUCAGCACUGUUGGUGCUUCUUAUUGUUAAAGGUUUGUAGCAGGAGAAACGUCCCAACUUAAAUGAGUCUACAGUAUGACUCACAUUUUGUUGUCUUGUGUAGAAAAGUGUAUGUGACCUUAGCACUGUCAUAGUGUUGCACUGGUCAAGAUCAUGGUUGCAAUCACAAGGCAGUAUUUGAACAGAAUUUUGUGUCUGCCUUGGAAUCAAAAGUUAAGACUUGGAUAAAACGGUACUAAGCACUGAUACACUGUGCUCUACAUGGAUACAAACUGUGUAUUGCAUCUGUAAGAAUUCCUUUGUGUUUACUUUGCAGGGAAAAAGCUGAAGAUAUUGCUCGGAUACGAAGUGAACUGAAGGAGAAAGGUAGAGUUUCUUUUGCACUGUUGAUCAGCUUGAGAUGUUAACAGGAAAGGUGGUAUAAACUGCCGGGCAAGUGCUGGUUUUAUUGUCCAUUAUACCUUUGACUGAGAACCAAACCAGUGCUUAAAAAGAAUGUGUGAUCACCAUAAUAUUGUAAAUUAUUUUGCGUUCUUGUGUAGGAGCUGUUUUACCACCCGAAAAAGAAAAGACAGAACACUUUGACAGCAACUGUAUCACACCUGUAAGUGGGAAUUUUCUUGAGAAUUCUAUUUGAUAAAAAAUAAAAUAACUAAUUUUAAUGCCAUUAUGAUGAUAUACUGUUAGUAGGAUUCUGCUACAUACGCACUGUACGUUGUACAUGUGAAGCAUUAGACACACAUGUACCAUAUACAUGUAUACUGGCAAUAAAUGCAUGCUGUUCUAAGUGGGUUUAAAAGUAUAAUAUUUUAGGCCUCUUUAAAGAAUAGCAGACCACACAAGGAAUUAUUAGAAAAAAUUAUUUAAAUCUCGUGGUGAUGAUUCUGAGAACUGAAUGAGGACUGAUAAUUGCUGACUUUUCUGUCGUUGUCAAUAGGGAACAGAAUUUAUGGACAACUUGUCAGUGUGCUUGCGAUACUACAUUGCUGACCGGCUAAACAAUGAUCCUGGAUGGAAGAAUAUAAAGGUACAUUACAUUCAAAUACAACUAUGUUAUGGUGUUCACUGGUACAUGUACAUGCACACUGUAGCACAAAAGAAUUUUCACAUUCAUUAUAUCUUAUUCUAGCAUGCUUGUGCUUAUCAUUUUUUAGCCUGCACACUUUUUUGUAGCUCUUAAGAAAUGACUAUUGUUCAUUUUGAUCAAUCUGCAUGACUUUAAAACAGUAUAAAGUGUCCUUUUGUCAAUUGAACAUGUUGUUACAGUCGCCUCUGAUAUUCCUGUAUCUUUGAUUUAAAAAAUGCCAUAAAUCUAGUAGUACGGUACUGUAUUAACCAAAUGUACAGUGUUAGUUGACUGUUAUCUCUGGGUCAAGACUCAAUACUUGAUUAUUGAUUCUCAGAAUUUUGAGUCUCAACUCAAGUCUUGAGACAAGACUUCCUGAAUUUUGAGACUCAAGUUGUAAGUCGAGGAAUUAAUGUAAUUUUUUGCUUGGCUGAAAUGAUGAUAACUUUGUAGCUAGAAUGAGAGAAGUACAGAAUAACUAAUGCAGAAGUUUUAUUAAAAUCUGAUCUAAGUUAAUAUUGAUGUAUUUUUAGGUUAUUUUAUCAGAUGCUAAUGUACCAGGAGAGGGUGAACAUAAGAUCAUGGACUACAUCAGAAAGCAGAGAGGUUACUAGAAUAAACAAUCUUACCUGUGUAUUUAAUUAAUUUACAACAUGUAUGAUAAAUUAUAAUAAACUGUUAUUCCUUUGACCCUGUUUCUCUUAUGGUGUGGAGAUUUUUCUGGUAGUGAUUUCAUAUAAGCUUUAUAUAAGCUGAGGAUUAUUUUGCACAUACCUUUUCUCUUUCAGCAAGUCCUGAUCAUGACCCUAACACAAAGCACUGUUUAAAUGGAGCUGAUGGUAUGUGGUAUAUAGUGUAUGAUGUUCUGUUACUUAUAUUCUAUUUUCUUCAUUCCAUUCACUACUAAAAAUUACCCAGAUAAGAAUGAGUUGCAAUGAUUAAACUUCAUACCAUUUGAAUAUUUAUGGACAGAAUUCUAAAACAACUAUUAAUAAUUUGUUUUGUUAACAUUAGUGUGCUGAAAUAUAUUUUAAUGUUGCACGACUGUGCCAAACCCUUGCUGUCUAUAACAAGAAAUCAUACAUAAUGGAAAAUAAUCCCAAAUGUAUGUACUGGUAAUACAUGUAGCUGGCUUUACCAUGUUAUAUUAAUACUCAAAUGUACAUAUAUUUACUUUUCUUUCAGCCGACUUGAUUAUGCUUGGUAAGUAGAUUUAUACUAAUAAUUACAGGUAUACAGGCUGUUUAUCGAAGUAAUGUGCUAAUACUGAAGAGUGUAUAAUUCUUAAGGAAUUCUUGAUGUACUUAGAAUUCUCCUUUUGUUUUGCAAGCAAAAUAAGAGACAACUGUAUUUUUAAGGAGAAAAAAGCAGUUCAUUAGAGGUCAUAUUUUAUGGAUUUUCAUUGUUUCCCUGUUCCAUCUUCUAAAGAAAAGCAUUGGAGCAAACAACUGUCACAUUUUUAGCCCAAGAAGAAAUACAGCCCAUUCAUAAAGGCAUAAGUUGAAUCUACUGUCCACUAGUACAGUGAAAUGUACUGAAGUGGAUUGAUCACUGAUUAUUUAUUUGUAUUGAUCCACAGGGCUUGCAACUCAUGAACUUCACUUUACAAUCAUCAGAGAAGAGUUCAAACCAAACCAGAAGAAACCAUGUGAAAUCUGUGGGCAAAUAGGUACAAGAUAGAAGUACUGUACCGUAACAUACUGGCCUGUAUACAUUUCUUGUGAACUGUUUUUAAGGGUUAUUUUUGUAUAUUGUAGGGCACGUCAUGGAUGAAUGUAUGGGACUUCCAAAGGAAAAACAAGGAGAGGUGAGCACAACUUAAUAAAGCUUGGUUGCAUUGGGUAUAAAUUACACUGAAGACAUGCUGCUUCAAUGAUUUUUGCGCUACACGAUUCUAGUAGCAUGCAACAAGAAUCGUGUGGCAUGCAACGCGAUUCUUGUCGGGUAGAAAAUGAGAUGCGACUGGUAACUUACUUCUCAGUGGUGCUGUAUGUGAUUUUUUAUUGUGGGACUGUCUCUGUCACUUCAUGGGUACAUUUAGUAUGAUAACCUGUUCCAGGCAUUCAGAUGGUAGAGCUUGGGUGAAAAAUUGACUAGGGAAAAAAAUGGAGAGAGAUUUCCCCUCACUCCAGUGUCACAUCAGUUUUUUCCCCUUGUUUUCCUUUUGUGUUUGCUGCUCAUGAUUUACAGUAUCUUGCUCCCCACCAUCUGAAAGCCUGGAACAGGCUACUAGGUAUAGGAACGUAAUAACACAUUACAGUACAUGUAUAUAUAAUGUAUUAACUGUUUUUUUAAUUUCCAGAAAAAGUAAUUAUUGUAUGUAUCUUGCCAUUAUUUGCCAUGAAAGGUUGGCAGUUUGAACCCCCACUAUCCAAAGUCUUCCUCCCUCCCUCCCCCCCAACCUUACCCUGCGAGCAUAGGCUUGUCUCUUGCAUGGCUUUUAGCAUUUACGAAGUCAUUUGCAUUGCUUGUCAAUUGCAUAGUUGGUUUGUUGUAUACUCUCCCGGGUGAUAAAAUAAACCAACUAUGUGACUGACAAGUGAUGCAAACAGCUUUGUAAAUGCUAAGGGUCCCCAAUCUCCGCCUAUACUAAUUAAGAGACACCUACAUGUAUAAGUGGACAACGAAGGUGAUCAAGAACUUUAUCCAAAGCUUGAAAUAUCCUCAUGGUAUAAACACUGUACUAAAUUGAUCUGUUAUGAUUUUUCAAUCAACAGUUUGAUGAGUUAAGUGCACCAGUGGCUCAAGAAGUAGAGUUUAUUUUCAUCAGGCUUAAUGUACUUAGAGAGGUAAGUAUAUAUAAUUAUUAUGCGUAUACUGUAGGAUAAUUUACUGUAAAAAAUUAAAUGUUUAUCACUAGAGAAUAUUAAAAGGUCUACCUGUACGUGAAUAUGCAAUUUUGAUUAUUUUCUUUAAUUAUCGGUUAAAACUGGUUUGAUUUUGUACCUGAUCUUUCAAUCACUUACAGAACUCUGUCAAGAGCUUUUUUCAGCUUUGUGCCUUAUUUUAGAGAAAUUUGUGGCUUAGCUGUGCGUUGCAUAAAAAUUUGUGUCUGAGUCACAUGAAAAGCAGAGAAAAUAAAAUAAUCUUUGUUUCUGAAAACAAAGAAAUGAAUGUGUUGUUUCCCCCCAUUUUCAAUUAAUGCUACAGUUGUAAGUUUGUAUCAAAAGUAAAUUAAUUAAUGUCAAAGACAUGUACAAGUUAUCGCUUUAAAUACUAUUAUUUACUUCACAGUACCUUGAACGUGAACUUAGAAUGGAAGGCCUUCCUUUUCCGUAUAGCUUUGAGGUAAGAUUUUCCUGAAAGCGCUACUAAUUUUUGAUAACUUUGAAACUAAGCUGUGCAGCCAAAUGCAAUAUUUGUCUGUCUUUGAUUUGGCUUGAACAGUUCAUGAAAUAUUCAUACUCAGAGGUACUCAAGAAAUUGUUUAUAGAUAUGUGUUUGGGGUACUAGGGGGGAUCUUAUUGACAUCUCUAUGUGUGCAUUUAGAUUAAACCAGCUUUCUCUUUGCUCUCUUGUACUGUGAUAUGAUAUUUUUUUUUUGGCACUUGUUAUUGUGCCAUUUUGUGCGUGAAACCUAACUGGUACUAAUGAUGUGUUCUUUGUUUAGCGCUGUCUUGAUGACUGGGUAUUCAUGUGCUUCUUUGUAGGGAAUGAUUUCCUUCCCCACUUACCUUCACUAGAAAUCAGGUAAAAUGCCAAAAUAUUAUUGUUGUAAUAAAAUUGUACUGUAUGUACAUUUUAGCUUUAGAACCUGUAAUGUAAUUCUACACAUAGGUUGCAACCAUUCAAGUGAAACUUGAACUUCAAAACUACUUUCAUGCCGUGCAUUUCCUUCAUGUUGUAUCAUUUUGUUUUAUCAGUAUUUUUAAAGCAAUUUUUUAGUCCCCUGCUGUUUUCAGCAUGUAGUUACCCUCAUGAGUUUUGUUGUUUUUCUCCAGAGAGGGAGCUAUUGAUAGACUGGUGGGGAUUUACAAGAGAGUUUUACCAAGAUGUGGGGUGAGAACAAUGGAUAUUCUUGUAGAUUGUCAUCAUUAUUUUCAUUGUUGUUGAGAAAGAAGUUUUUUAAGCUCGCUUACACAGCGGGCUAGGGUCCAGGCAAGGCAUCUUGCAAGCAAGCAUGCAAGCAUGCAAACAAGCAUGCAAGCAUGUAAACAAGCAUGCAAGCAUGCAAACAAGCAUGCAAGCAAUAUGAAUGUGGGUGCUGCUUGUUCAACAGACAGGCAGGAAUUAAGUCUUGUACAAUCACUACCUUUAUGAUAAAGCACCUCUGUAAUGUGCUUACAGUGUACUUGUGCAAGUUAAAUGUAGGUAUUAAAUUUACAAUGCAUAAUGCAUACUUUAAUCUAUUUACAGGGUUAUCUCGCAAAACAUGGAAUUGUUGAUUUGAAUCGAGUUCAAAUGGUUCUUCAAGGUGUGUAGAAAGAGUUGAUAAGCUUAGUUAUAAUAAUAACAUAAGUAUUCAUCAUAUCUAUCAAUCAAGCCUUCAAGGAUCGGAUCUUAGUUUGAUUCUUGCCAUCAUGAUGUUUUCUAAGACAAAAAUAAUUGCUUCACUCCAUCUUUCUUUACCAGCCCAGUGAGUAAAUAGGUAUCAGUAAUUAACAUUUUGUACUGCUGGGAUAACCCUGCAAUGGAUUGGCAUUGUGUCCAAUGUCCAGCCAUUUUGACCUUUUUCUUGGUCAAUAAAACAUAGUUACAGGUGUAAUGCGAUGUAAUUUUAUUCAAGAUUUGUAACCCAUCUGGCAUGUAUGGUGUGUAUUUUGGCAUGUUAUUAGAGUAGUGACCAAACCUGUGUGUUCAUUUAGAGCUUGGUUAUGUUGAAGAUGAGAUUUUUAAGAAGAGGCAGGCAAAUGAUGUGAGUACUCUAAAUUUGAAUAAAUUGUGACAGAUUAAAAUAUUAAAAUAUUGCUUACAUGUUGAUAUGGUUGUGAGUUAAUAGCUUUUUUAUGACCAUUGUACGUACUUGAACUUGUACUUGAACUUGUAUGUGAAGUAAUACAUUUGUAAUACAGCUCUGUAAGUGCUCCUAGUGGUUUUACUACUUAGUUGCUGGGUGUAUCCUUCCCCACCAUCCCCCCUUUCCUCCCCCUUCACUCCCCCCUUACCUUCCCACCUUUCCUCCUCCCUUCCUCCCCUUCGCCCCUCUUACUCCCUUCUAGACCACACAAAAUAAUGUUGCAAUGUAAGUAAAAGUUUGUUGCAACAGAUGAUUUUGUUUUUUUUUUAUAGCUGGCAUACAAAAGACGUCUCAAGGAAAACAAAGAAAGGGAGAGACAGAAAAGACAGCGAAUGGUAUGUUUUUUGGUUAUUAUAAUAAUUAUGACCACAGUUUUCAGUCUAGACGCUAAAAGUCCAAGUAAUACUAAGUUUUUGGUCUGGCUAUGAUGUCAUAUAACACUAGUUCAUGAUAAUCUUUGUCUCCUUGGUGGUUACAAUAGUAGUUCUGCAUACAGCUUUACACGUAGUUCUACAUGUAUCAUAAUAAUUAAAAUUAUUGCUUUUGGGCAUUUUUUUAAACCAAUACCAAUAUUGUAUUGACUGUGCCUCUGAGUGAAAGGUUUGAUACGAUGUACAUUUUGAUCUUGAUAUCAGGAUGCACCUCUAUGGACACCCAGCGGUCAGUUUAGUCCACACAUCAUAACUAACACACCCUCGCCUGUUGUGUCUCCCCGCCAAGAGGCUUAUGCCAUGCGACAACAAGCCAUGUCUUACAGUGCUGGGAACACAACACCACAGGAUAAGGCAAAUAAGGUACAGUGGCUUUAGCAAUGCAGCAGUUAUUUACAACGAAAUCUCUACUAACAGUAACACCCUCCUCUCUUCAAUGGCAAACAACUUGCCUCUUUCCCCAAAUUUGCCUUUUUGGAGGGUUUUGGCUGAACAUUGAAUUAAGCUCUUAAGAUCUGAAGUAGAUACCUCUUAAUCAAGAAUUUAAGAAGUGUACAUCUGAAAUUUAAAAAUGUUGUCUAACUUUAGAAUUGCAUAGUAACUAUGAUAUAGUCUUUAUGCCUUGUACACACAUUGAAUUUGACAUUAGUUAAGGUAAAAGUUCACAUCCAGUGGAUGUUUCAAAGUAUAUUUUUUUAAUAUCUCUAUAUCUUGGUAUCUGCUUCAUAUUAUUCAGAGUUAUACUGGAAAAUAAUAACUGCAGUCAUUGUUGUUUGUUACUGUAGAGUGCAGCUGCAGACCUGAGAGCUAUGCUCACUACUCCUUCUCCAAAUGCAAGUAUGGUGAGUAAAAUACAAGUGAAUAGUUUGAUGUACAAACGUCUUUGUCAUAUAUUAUAGUAUGUUUCUGUCAGUGUUGGCAUUGCACACCACACAACAGCAUUUGCACCUUGCCGGUCUGGAGCAAAGUGGACUAAUGUUUAAUGCAAACCAGAGUGAUGAUUUCCAACUUUUAUUCGCAAUAUGUUUGUCAUUUACAAUGUAAUUACCACAAAUUUGGUUCUCAGGUUUCAACCUACAUGUACUCCCCAGUUUCUGGAUAUCAGAUGACUUGUUCUGCUGAUUUGUAUCUUUCUAAACUCCCUUUGUAUUGUUCUCUAAGGGAUUUUUCUUAAAAUUUGAUGGUUUUAUUUUCAGUUCUUGUAUACUGCUGGGCAUCAAAUCUUUAUAAUCAGUCUUAAAAUAUUUUAGUUGUAAUCGUUUCAAUCUUACAUAAAUUAGCUAGGUUGUUCUAUUGACUAUGCAAAAGAAAAUUUAUUUUACCUUCCUUAUCACUUUAUUUUAUUUUUUGUUUAAAUUCCUGUUUUACAUUUAUUUUUACCAAUAUUUUCUAUCACUUUUUUUUAAACUGUAGUCAUCUGCUGCAAGUACACCCAAUUCUGUUCCUGUAUCAAACAAGAGAAAGAAAGAUGACGAUGAUGAGGAUGAACCAAAAGAUGAUAUCAGGUAAAGUUGGCCAAAUAGACUGUCAGCAAUACUAGGUAUUCCUUCUUCAGUAAAUGUGCGAGCUGACUUAUGAACGUCUUCGUUGGCAUACUUUUCUCCCCUUCAAAAAAAAAAACAGGAAAAGAAAGACAUUAGCUGCAGGCUAUUAGCCGAAUAUGCACUGCAAUAUAAUUAUCCCCUGGAUAUCAAAGGGAUUUUUUGUGGUGUUUGGUUGUCUCGUUGUCUUAUUAGAUGAGGUGUGAGCGCUACAACAGCAUUUCCCAACCCCUUACUCUAACAGGGGUUAUUCUAAUACCAUUGCAACCAGUACUAAGAGAAGUGUCCAUGCAGGAAAGGUGUCCACCUUAUACAGAGUCAAAAAAGAUGCCUGAUUGAUCAUCUUGGUGUCCAUCUAAGGGGGGUGUUUAUAUUACAGCAAGUCAAACAAAGGACUCAAGGGUGACAGGGGCAAAUUCUAGUCCAUUUAAGUAAGGUGUCCAGCUUCUAAAUUAUUGUUGUCUGUUAUGAGUGACAGUGUUGACCAUAUUUACUACGAGACUAUUCCCUAACCUCUUACCGUAAAUCCUACAAGCCCAUAUGAGGGGGGCUAUUUGAGAGAGGAAGCUUAUUUAAUUUAGAAAAGACUAUGGUAUCGGUUCUCCAUAAAGAACUAGAAUACAAAGUGGGGAAGCUCAAGAACAAGAAGGUUGGAGGUCAUGCAGCUGAAUUUCAGAAUCAAAUUCGGAACUUCCAGUUGGUAAAUAAACCAUCCCGGAUCAGUCCACACGAAGUUUUCCAGUCAUAAUUGAUUAAAACAGUCUUAUCAUUUGUUAGUGAAGAAUAUUAUAGGAGAGGGGAGGGGGGAGGAGGGGGGCUUAUUAACUUUCUUCCCUGAAAGGGUGGGGGGGUUAUUAGAGGAGGGGCUUAUUUGAGGGGGGGCUUUAUAGAGAAUUUACAGUACCUAAUUUUUUUCAUUAUCAGGUUAUGGGAAGCAGGUUGGAAGGGUCGCUAUUAUCAAAACAAGUUUCAUAUAACUGAGAAUGAAGAAGGAUAUGAUGAUUUCCGGAAGAAAGUGGUAACAUUCUAGAUUCACUAUGUUGAUUGUUAUUUACUGGAAACAAAAGUGCAAGAAAUGUUGUUAAAAAUUUGGUAGAGAAGGCUGGAGAAAUUUUUAACACCGCCUUCUUUUCUUUUCUCUUUCUUUGACAAGGCUGACGCUUAUGUAGAAGGACUCUGCUGGGUUUUACUUUACUAUUAUCAGGUAAGUAAUUACUGAAGCUGUUUGUAUUAAUUUUGAGUUUAUAGUACUGAAAGAAGUGGCCAAAACACCCUCACAUUGAGGAGGGGUGGAAAGCAAUACAGGACACCCCCAUCCGUGAGGACUAAUGGACACAAAUUUUUGGCCUGUAAAUUUAAGGUGGCAGGACGUGGGUCUUAAAUUAACGGUUUUCUUUUUAUAAAAUAACUAUCACUUUUUUUUCUUCAGGGAUGUCCAUCGUGGAAGUGGUUUUAUCCUUAUCAUUAUGCACCAUUUGCAUCUGAUUUUCGUGAUCUUGGUUCACUUCCCAACUCAUUUGAACGUGGAACACAACCGGUAACUGAAUCUCAAUUUAAUGUUAUUCAAUUAUAUACAAGACUGCUUGCUUUCCAUCUUUCUUUGAUAUAUGUCAAGUUCGUAUUACCAGUGAAAAUUUGAGGGAAAAAAAUAAUGUGGUUAACAAACUUUUCUUGUGGCACGAGGCAUCAUCGCUCGCCACUUGCGCCUUUUUUACACGUGUUACUCCGGCGUGAGUGUUACACGUGCUACUCAUGUCGUAACUUUGAAGAAAAUAAGAGCCAACUUGCAGUGUAAUUAAUGUGUAUAGUGGAAUUCUGAAGAUUUGCACUUCAUUAUUUGUCCAUCUCUUUUUCUCGAUGUGCAGAAAUAGCUGCCCUGUUGGUUUGAAUAAUAUUUAUUCUUCUAGGUCUGAAGCUUCUGAAUCAUGUUUACAACGUUCUUUGAUUCGUUUUCUCUUUGCUCUGAUUUCAGUUCAAACCCUUGGAGCAGUUGAUGGGUGUGUUCCCAGCAGCCAGCGGGAAAUUUCUGCCUCCCACAUGGAGAGAACUUAUGUCACAUCCGGUAAGUGGAAAGUCUUCUUUUCUCAUUGAUUUUUAUAUUUCGGUAUUUUAUUGGUCGAUUGACUGUUUAGUUGAUAUGUUCGUUGAUGUUUAUUAUUUAAAUAGUAUAUUCAUUGAUUGAUUGAAUGAUUGAUUUAUUAAUGAUUGAUUACUCUUUGCGUUUCAGGAUUCGGCAAUAAUUGACUUUUAUCCUUUGGACUUUGAGAUUGACCUCAAUGGAAAGAAAUAUGCUUGGCAAGGUACCUUGAAGAACUUAAGCAACAUGCACUAACACAGCGCAACACAAUAAAUUGUUUGAACCUCUCUCAGGUGAAAGCAGUACUUGGCUCCACCACUUAUACACAGGCACACCAAUCAAAUAAAAUUAACUGGUUUGAAACGCACCUACCAGGAGGUAGUUAAGCUGUUGGCUAUUGGUUAACAUAGUAGUGGUUUGAAGGGGGAAGAACGGGAGAUAUUGCGUGCGGAAACAUGUAUGGCAUUCUCUUGGACCCAGCAGUAACGUCUUCCAUGUAUUUUUCACCACAGGUGUGGCUUUGCUACCUUUUGUUGACGAGAAGAGACUGCUAGGUGCUCUUAGUGGAGUAUAUCCUGAUUUAACAGACGUGGAAAGUAAGUUGAAGUGCAACAUUUCAUUUCUAAUAACAAUGCUUCAUAGCAGGUGGUACGUUAGGAAGGUGUCUUAAUCCUUAAGUUUAGUGUGAAGCUGUCGCUAAAGCAUGACACAACAGCAGCAGUGAUUAUCUCUAGUGUAGCAUAUUCGCAAAACCCUCUCUUAAGCGUGACGGAGCUGAAAUUUUCAGUUCACCUUUUUUGGGGAACCUCAUUUUGUCUUGCGUGACAUCACGGUAAAUGUUGAUGACUUUCUUAAAACUUUGAGAUGUACUCGUUUCACCAGCUAACCAUUCUUUGGUUUAUUUGUCUUGUUUCAGAGAGGCGGAACAGUCGUGGUAAAGAUCGUCUGUUUGUUCGUCAGGGCAAUCCUACAUUUGACUUCUUCGUUGGUUUAUAUGAAGGAGACGGCAUUAAAGAGGUAAGCCUCUAUUUUUAAAGGUGAUUGCUUCUUCUUGCUUGACACAAACCAUGGCGCAAACCAACAAGCAUGGCCGAGUAUCCGAACUCAGAACUUCUGAGAACAAAUUCAGCUAGUGGUCAAGUGUGAGGAAGGACUUAACUUGGGAUCUCUGGAUAGCAAGUCCAGUAUUCUAAUUCUCUCGGCCAUGAUGCCGUGCCACAAGCAGCCACUUGUACCUUCCCCGAGCUAUGGUGGCCUCACAGCAGAGAUUUAACCGCUCAUACCUGGUGUGUUGUAUCUUUUAGGCAGUCGACAUGGUAGCAGACCUAACAGGGGGUAUGUCAGGCAAGGUACUGACCGAUGAUUGCCCCAUCCUACCUCACAAGUAAGUUCAUUCAGAUGAGUAAUUCUUGAAUUGCAUGCACUGGUCAUAUUAAGACGAAGUGAUCACUAAUAUAAGACCUUUAAAAAGAACGAGUUACAGUCGAAACUCUCAUUAGCGACCACCCAAAUUGUCAAGGUUUAUUGGUCAUUUACAAGAAGUGAACCAUUAUGGGGGCUCUUCCGAGAAGAGGUUUGGACACAUCUACUUGUUAUGAUACGUGUAGCUCCAUGUAUUGUCAUUAAAAGUCCUUUGUGUGCUCUGUGUUGUAUAGUGCAUACAGCAAACAUGGAGAUCAGGUCGUUUAUCAAUUGGUCGCUUACAAGAGGUUUAAAACAGUUAAAACAGCGGAAAAUAAUAAAACCAGCACUUCAAAAAGUUAUUGUGGUCGCUUACCAGAGGUGGUCAUUCAUGAGAGGUUCCAACUAUAGGGUUUUGACAGGGAAUAUUUUUGUGCUUUGGAAAGGUGGUCGCUUACAAGAGAGGUAGCCACACUUGGAGGUUCAGCAGCUGAAGCUUUUCUUUAGAUGAUAGCAUUGGACAAAUGAAUCUGUUAGGGCCUGUUUAAAUGGAGGUGGGGGGACCCCAGGUAGGUGAGGUAAUCCGCUUAGGUGGAGUAACCCGCCUGUCCAUAUAAUCUCUUAUGUGGUCACCCCACCUAUCAUGUAAACGUGAUCAAAUUAAAAUGGGAGAUUAUAUGGACAGGCGGGUUACCUCACCUACCUGGGGUCUUCCACCUCUAUGUAAACAGGCCCUUAUUGGCAUCGGUUUAAGACCAUAUCCAUGCGAAUCUGUUUAGGUUUCUCUGCUUAUGGAGUCUGUUAACCAGCCCCAAUGUGCAGUUCCAUACUGCACCGAUCCAGUCUCUUGCACAACCUUCAACUGAAAGAGCCUAAAGAGUAUGAGCUCUGAUACGUUCACAGACUUAAACAAACUAAACUAUAUUUGACAGCUUAAUAAACAGGAUUUCCUUCAAUGUUUUUUUCAGAACAGUUCCUUCGCCCGUUCCUCAACUCUACGACCUCAGGGAUAACAGAACCAUCAGGUAAACAACAAUAUCAUCAACAACACAAACACCACAUAGCAUGUCAAACUCGCUCCCAGGGCCCUCUCUUAGUCGUUCUCCAGCGUAAGACUAGGAGAGAAACCUGGGAACAAGGCUGUAUAGCUUGUAUGACUCAGACGCGAUUCAUCAGUUUUAUGAGUUUUUCUGACAGAGUGUAAUGUUGAAAACUAAUUAUUGAUUGUUUCAUUAUUGAAUUGUUCACUUUCAGUGUGUUUUUUAUCGACCCUGUUUAUGAUACGGAUCACAUUUUUAAGGCGGAUGUCUUACCUAAGGCGGAGUAAGUGAAAGUUAGAUAAUUUAUUAAGACCUCUUUGUUUUGCUUUUUAUAUAUUAAAUGCUGCAUGUACUUACACUUUUAUCUAUACGUACCUCGUUGGGGCCUCAAAAACAUUCCAUGGUAGGGGAUACCCCCUCCCCCCUUCAAUGUGCAAACCCCUCCCUUCUCUUAUGUCUAACCCUUCUCCCCGAUGUCCAACCCUUCCCUCUCCGAUGCCCAAAACCCUCCCCCCCCCUCAAUGUCCAAACUCUUCCCACUUCAAUGUCCUAACCCCUCCCACUUCUUAUGUCCAACCCUUCCCUUUCCCUGUCUAACCCUUCCUCCUCUCCGAUGUCCACACCCUUCACCCUCCAGUGUCCAAACCCUUUCCUACUCUUAUGUCCAACCCUUACCUCCCCAUUAUGUCCAACUCUACUCCUGCGAUGUCCAAACCCUUCCCCUUCUAAACAAAAAUGUCAAUAAACAGUUACCUCUUUAUAUACCUUCCCAAGGAAAUAAUAUCCCCUUCAUGAACCUACAAAAGGGUUUUUUGUAAUUAAAUGUGGGAGUUUGCCUCGUGUUCCUUAAGUGUGACCUUUUAAAGUAAUAACAUAAAUUAGCCAUCGAUCGUGCCUUUUACAAAUGCGCCUUACUUUGAAAGACCCUUUCAAACGCUUGAAUAGUAAUAUUCCUUACCCUUUCCUUUCUGCCAUCUCGUUAAAUUCCUACCAUUUUUCAGAUACCUGGAUUACCCCUUUUGGGUGGAACAUCUCCCCUGUAGUUCCAUUAGAGGGAGUUCCAUCUGUGUAUGAGCUAAUUACUAGAUGAUCACAUGGUCAGACCAGCUCUCUGUGCACAGCUCGAUUAUGGACACCCAUACAGUACUUGUUUUGUCCAGGGGCAACUUGCACUUAACGCAUGCAGUAUCGGUAAAAUUUCUUGCAUUACAGAUUAUCAGGCCGGAUCGUUUGCUAGUCGUCCUACAAAUCGCGUUUUACAUGUAAUUCUUUAUUUAUUAGUAUUGUAAUAACUCAGUUCAUUACUACCCUCCGCACAACGCGCAAAGCGUGAAUGAAAACACAAUGACAUAUAUGGAGUGUGACUCUUGCUGGGUGCCCCCUCCCCCAAGCCAACAUUUUGCCCUAUGUGACAAGUAAGUGUUGAUGUUGGCUUAGGAGAGGGGUAGGUGGGCAGUUUCCCAGAAAUGUAUAAUGAUCCAAUAACUAUUCCUUAGUCUGAAGGAUCGCUUGUGAUUUUGUCUUCACCAGUCCCCCUGCUCGUGUUCUCAAGCCAGAAGGUUAUGAUAGUAACAGGCCAUACAGACCAGUUAUUGGAAUGAACGCUAACAGAACCUCGUUUGCUCAUUUGGGUGAUGCAGGGCGGCGGAUGCUGAAGUAAGUCGAGUAAUAGUCUGUAGUAGUACCUGAUGGGGUGACUGUGCUUUAUAUGACUCAAGUAGUGUUCUGUAGUGGUACAUGAUGGGGUGACUGUCAUUUAUAUGACUCAAUAAUUAGUGUUCUUUUGUGUCACCUGAUGGGAUGACUGUGUUUUAUAUGUCUUACGUAUUGUUCUGUAGUGGUACCUGAUGGUGUGACUGUGCGUUAUUGAUUCAACUGAUUUUAUGACAUGCAUGUGAUAAAUAAAUCCUUCUUUCAGACAAAAAAUAAACUUAAAGAUUAAGUGGAUGUGAGGCACAAACCUGGUCCCCAAGUUUGUGUGUAAUCUCGUCCCCAGGGCUUUUCCCGAAAAAAAGGGAAAAGCCCUGGGCCUGAUAGCCUGUUCCAGGCGAUCAGAUUGUGUGAACGACGCAGAGAAGGUAUGAGCAGGGGAAAAAAACAGCCUCACUUUCUCCCUUUUUUUCCCGCUCUCUCACUUCGCACUGCACUCCGCUAUCUAAACGUUGGAGCUUCCAACAAGCUACUCUGUUGUAGCCCCCCACACAGACGAACUUAGCGGUUCGUCACGCGUUGGGCAGGAUUGCGUGACGAGCCAAAAGAACUUCUUCGUGGAAGGCUAACUCUGAGGACGAGGUUGUGGUUUGAAGGUUUCUACUCCAGUCCUGGUGUAAUCUAAAAAUUUCUAAUAUCGCAUCUGAAGGAAGCUGUAUAAUUUGUUCUCUUUUUAGCGUAGCAUUUUGAUGACAACGUUUUCUCUCUUUUUUUUCUCAGUUUUCACAAAGGGGAUCUUUUUCGUCCCUACACUCCCGCCAGCUAUGUGCCGCCCUUUCGGUCGAACUCAUGCCCUCCGCAGAAUGAUUCCAGGCAUGGUUACCCUGAUCGUCCAAGAUCCAAUCCGGGUACACCUGUAUCGUCACGUGGUAAUCAUGAUCCCAGACGACAGAUCUAUGACAGAAAUCGCGCUCCACAGUACAACUCGGGAGGUUACCAAGGCAACCAAUCCUAUUACAAUGCAGGGGGUUACCAAGGUAACAGAUCCCAGUACAACUCGAGCAAUUACCAAGGGAACUGGUCACAAUCAAAUGCAUACUCUCGAGGACCUGGGUCGAGUCAAUCUCAGUACUCUCGCGGUAGCUAUCAACACUCGUCACGUGACCCUAGACAGCAGCAGCAGCAGCAUUACAAUCGACAAGGACCUCCCAACAGGGUAAGUUUAACGAUCAAACCAAAUUAUCAAAUUUAACCUCUUAUCGUUACAACUGAACUACUUUGCUGAGCCUUCUUGUAUGGCUGCUAAUAAUUUGUCAUUUUUGAAUAAACAUAUGGCCUAUCAUUUCAUUUCAUUUUUAUCGGUUAAUUCAAAUUUACAAUAAUUGUAAAUUUGAAUUUAAUUAUUUUAUUUUCUCACUGCCCUCAAAUAGCAAAGGCUAGAUUAGGUGGGCAGUGUAUAUAUAUAUAAAAAAAAAAACAAAGUACGCACUCCAAAUUAUAUUCAAAUUCACAAGUAAACAAAAGUAAUUAAUAUAAAUAUACAAAUGAUAAAGAACAGAAGAAGAACAGAAGAAAAGUUAGCAUGCUUAAAACAAUGCUAAGGUUAACUGGAAUUCAGAAUAUAAAUCAGAAAGUUACAAGUACACUAUUAAGACGAUUGCUAAGAUAAUGAGUGGGUGAAUAUUACGGACGCCCGAAACAUGUCGACUUUGUAGUUCAGUUAUCCCGGAUGUGCCUUAUACGCUGUCCUCAGUAUUACCGGGCAUGCGCAAUUAGAUUGACAACUUGUUAAUUGUGGUUUUGUUUGUACCUCAGGAUGAUCGUCGCCAUUCGUACCCGCUUUCCAAUUACCGUUACAGACCGUAUUAAGAUGGCCAACACAUUCUCAUUUUAACACCCCAGUUGAGGUACCACAGGAUAACCAACACUGUCGUGAAGCACCAGGGACGAAUAACUGUGCGGGGCGUGAGAUCCAUGAGACUGUCACGUGUUCUCGUAAAGUUAUCGCGGUUUCUUAGAACAGUUAAAUGAAAGUCCUGUCGCUUAUAGUAUGAAAUUUAUCACCUGAUCGGUUUUAUUUGUUUCAAAUUUGACCUCGGGAGUCAAAUAACUUUGGUUGCCUCUGAAGAAGUGAAAAAUUAAAGUGGUUCAAAAAAUGCUGGGCAAUUUUCUGUGGAAAUUGCAAACAAACAACUUCUUUUCAGUUGGAACAUUGUUUUCGGUUGCUCUUUAAAUAGGUCAAAACUAAAUAAGUUUUUGACAAUAGUAUUCUCAAAUUCCACAUGAAAAGUUUAAAAGGAAGGUUAAAGAAAGCACCUUAACAACAAAGAGGAAUCUUGCUUUUAUAUAUCCUUCACAAGUGUUAAACUUCAUACAUGAUUAAUGUAGGAUGGUUUAAAGGGGGAACAGUUUUCGUUAACUACAACGGUUUAUGUCGCAGAUCCACCGAUGUGUUUGGUGGGAGUACAACUUGCGCUGUAAAUAACUGUUUGUCGAGUUUUAUCUACCACUUUAUUGGUCGGAUGAAGUGUAUUGUGAC